ACCAAUGAAGAGGAGGAAGAUGGUGGCGAGUUUACAGAUGAAGGUGAUGAUGCCUUUCCUCAUGGAUGCGCUCAUGGUACCCGCCAGAAGCAUACUGACAUACACCUCCAGCAGGUCCUGGCCAAUCAAGUUCCAAAGAGCAGAAUAGAGCUCGACCGGAAACCAUGGAGAAGGAUCAACGAAAUAUAAUAGUUUUUAAUGCAUCAAAAAAAGAACUCUUUACUGCCAAUAGUGGUUACAAGUCAUUGCAGAAGAAACUUCGGACCAACUGGAAAAUACAAAGUUUUAAAGAUGAAAUCACUGAAGAAAAACUGAUAGGUGUGAAACUGUGGAUCACAGCAGGACCCAGAGAAAAAUUCACUGCUGCUGAACUUGAAAUAUUGAAAAAAUACCUCGAAAAUGGAGGGCGUAUUCUUGUGAUGCUGGGGGAAGGUGGAGAAUCUAAAUAUGACACAAACAUAAACUUUUUGUUAGAGGAAUAUGGAAUUAUGGUAAAUAAUGAUGCUGUUGUGAGAAAUAUGUACUACAAAUAUUUCCACCCUAAAGAAGCAUUAAUAUCAAAUGGAAUUUUGAACAGGGAAAUUAGUCGAGCGGCUGGAAAAUCUGUGCCAGGCGUAAUGGAUGACGACAACAAUGGCAACAACCUACAAGCUCUAACGUUCGUUUAUCCAUUUGGUGCCACACUGAGUGUAAUGAAGCCAGCCAUUGCAGUGCUGUCAACAGGUUCUGUGUGUUUUCCCCUCAACAGACCGAUUCUAGCAUUCUACAAUUCCAAGCUCCAAGGUGGAAAGUUGGCUGUGCUAGGGUCUUGUCAUAUGAUCAGUGACCAGUACCUUGACAAAGAAGAAAAUGGCAAAAUUAUGGAUGUUGUUUUUCAGUGGCUGACUACAAAUGAAAUCCAGUUGAACCAAAUCGAUGCAGAGGAUCCAGAGAUUUCAGAUUACACCAUGCUUCCAGAUACAGCUAAACUGUCUGAAAGACUGAGGGUUUGUCUGCAGGAAGGAGAUGAAAAUCCAAGAGAUUUUACCACUCUUUUCGACAUGUCAGUCUUUAAGCUGGACACAAUGGCUCUUCCAAAAGUUAUCACUGCUUAUGAACAACUAAAUGUGAAACAUGAAUCACUGCAACUAAUACAACCUCAAUUUGAAACACCCCUCCCUACACUGCAGCCAGCUGUCUUUCCUCCCUCAUUUCGAGAGUUACCAGCGCCAACCUUGGACCUCUUUGAUCUUGAUGAAACAUUUUCAUCUGAGAAAGUCAGACUUGCUCAGCUGACCAACAAAUGUUCUGAUGACGAUCUUGAAUUUUAUGUUCGCAAGUGCGGUGAUAUUCUCGGUGUAACAAAUAGGCAAGGUAGUCGCAGCGCAAAAGAAAUUUUGGAGCACAUCUUUUUCCAGGUGGUGGAGUUUAAGAAGUUGAAUCAGGAUCAUUACCUAGACACAGAGGAGGCUGGUGUAAUGACUUUGCCAAAUAACUGAAACUGAACUGUUGCACCUGCGUGGAUUCAGCAAAUCUCCUUACGAUGGAGAUAUCAACAGGACUUGGUUCUUCUACAGCUUGUAACUUACAAAAUGUUAGAUUCCUUAUUCAAAAAUGUAUAUUUUUGUAUUGAAAGAGUUAAUCAUUUGUCUGUACACAAAGGCAUUUUAUACACUACAUUGUUACAUUUAAGAUGAUGGUGAACUUAUCAUAUUGUAAAGCAUUCCUGCUUCUAAAUACCUCCAGUUACUGAUUAUCACUUAACUUUAAUCUCAAGUCCAUCUUUCCAUUGUAUUUUAUUUAAA